ACUUUGGUUAACCACCCGACUCCACCUAAUAUAGCCUUCCUUUUCCGUCCAUGGCCGCGCAACCCUAACGGCGCCCUUCCCGUGCCGCGCGCAUGGCGGACCCCGGCGGCUGCCUCGAGGUCCGGCUCUUCUACGUGCGCGUCUCGCCGCACGGCGGCGCGGCCCCUCCCCCGCGCCUCGCGCUCGAGCUCCGCCCCGCGGGCGGCGAGGCGGCCCCCGUCCCGCUGCGCCUCGACCGCCACGACGCCGCCUCGGGCGAGGCCACCUACGUCUCCACCGCGGCCGCGCGGCUUCCCCCGCCAUCCGCGGCCUUCGAUGUGGCCGACCACCGCGGCGUCGCGCUGCUCCGGGGCUCGCUUCGGUGGUGUCCCGGCGCCAAGGGCGGUUCCCACGCCUGGGAAAUUGAUUGCGUCCCCGCCGCUGCGGCGGCCGCCUCGGCCUCGGCCUUCGAGGUGUACGUCGCCGGGUGCUACGCCGGCGAGCCCGCGGUGCUCACGCACGCCCUGCGGCUAGCCACCCCGGAGGAAGCUGCUGCUGCGUUGGUUCGGCGCCGAUCGGGGGCAUUGCCGGCUGCUAGGGAUGAAGGCGACAAUGAUAUGAACACUGGUAGCACGCAAUACCCUGAAGGUUGGUACUCAGACGAUGACGACGGGCAGCUCUCAUGGUUCAACGCUGGGGUCAGAGUUGGCGUAGGCAUCGGCCUGGGAGUCUGUGUUGGUGUAGGCAUAGGCGUCGGGCUCCUCCUGCGCUCCUACCAAGCAACAACCAGAAGCUUGAAGAGGCGGUUCUUCUGACAGUUGCAGCUGGUGUAGCUACCAAUGAUGACCAGAGCAGAGUUCUGCCUCACAUACUUGUAUAGUUCAUGUGUUUGUUGUGCAGGAGUUUUGUUUUGUUUUUAGGGGAAAGUGUAGAUGCUGUGUUAAUGUGGUUGUGUACAUGGCUCUCGCCGUUUCUUGUAUGGCAUGGCAUGCAUGUAAACUGUGAAGUUGGUCCUCGGACAUGUGAAGGAAAUGGUUUCUAGUUUUGA